AUGCAGUUCUCCAUCGUCACCGUCUUGGCCGCCGUCGCCGGCAUCGCCAUGGCCGCUCCCGGCUCGGCCAUCGAGGAGCGCGCAUCGACCGUCUGCUCGGGCGCGCUGUACACCAACGCCCAGUGCUGCACGACCGUCUUGCUCGGCAUCGUCGGGCUCGGCUGCGACUCAGCUGGUGCCGGUGCAGGUGACGAUGUCAGUACUGACGAGAGAACAGUCUCCGGAACACCUACCGACGCCAACGACUUCCAGACCAAGUGCGGCACCAAGGAGGCGGCCUGCUGCGUCCUGCCCGUCGCUGGCCAGAAUGUUCUCUGCAAGUCCCCCGAGUAA